AAUGAUUGAAUCGAUAGAAAAUUUGGAAGAUACUAAAGGCCAUUCUACAAAAGAAUGGGUUAGUAUGCUUGGACCACGAACAGAAAUCGCCAAUCGCUUUCAGUCUUUUUUGCGCACCUUUGUUGAUGAACGUGGUAUGUACACAUACCGGGACCGUAUUCAACGCAUGUGCGAACAGAAUAAAUCUUCAUUUGUUGUAUCCUACACGGAUUUGGCAAAUAAAGAGCAUGUACUUGCGUACUUCCUACCUGAAGCACCUUUUCAAAUGCUAGAAAUCUUCGACAAGGUGGCUAAAGACAUGGUCUUAUCAAUAUUUCCAACAUAUGAACGUGUUACAACAGAAAUUCAUGUUCGUAUAUCAGAAUUGCCUCUUAUAGAAGAGUUACGGACUUUCCGGAAACUCCAUCUGAACCAGCUGGUGCGUACUUUGGGCGUGGUAACAGCUACAACGGGUGUGUUAACUCAACUUUCAGUCAUCAAAUACGAUUGUGUGAAGUGUGGCUACGUUUUGGGGCCCUUUGUACAGUCACAGAAUACAGAAGUUAAACCUGGCUCCUGUCCUGAGUGUCAAAGUGCCGGCCCUUUUUCGAUUAAUAUGGAACAAACAUUAUAUCGGAAUUACCAGAAGAUUACCUUACAGGAAUCUCCUGGUCGCAUUCCCGCUGGUCGGACUCCGCGUAGUAAGGACGUAAUUCUUUUAGCGGAUCUUUGUGACUUAUGCAAGCCGGGUGAUGAGUUAGAAGUUACUGGUAUUUACACAAACAACUCUGAUGGUUCGCUAAACACUGAGCAAGGGUUUCCGGUUUUCGUCACCGUCAUUAUUGCGAAUCAUAUCGUUGUGAAGGACAGCAAACAAGUAGUACAAUCGCUUACGGACGAAGACAUCGCUACCAUUCAGAAGUUGAGUAAAGAUCCUCGGAUUGCAGAAAGAAUAAUAGCUUCAAUGGCCCCAUCCAUAUAUGGCCACGACUAUAUUAAACGCGCACUUGCGCUGGCUCUAUUUGGUGGAGAGUCUAAAAACCCCGGUGAUAAACACAAAGUUAGAGGCGACAUAAACUUACUUAUAUGCGGCGACCCAGGAACGGCAAAAUCUCAGUUUCUUAAGUACACGGAAAAAAUAGCGCCACGUGCAGUUUUCACGACCGGACAAGGGGCCAGUGCUGUAGGCGUGACUGCCUAUGUUCGUCGAAAUCCAAUAUCGCGUGAAUGGACUUUGGAGGCAGGCGCCCUGGUACUGGCGGAUCAAGGUGUAUGUCUUAUUGAUGAGUUUGACAAAAUGAACGAUCAGGAUCGAACUUCCAUUCACGAGGCCAUGGAGCAGCAAUCGAUUUCCAUAUCAAAAGCUGGUAUUGUGACGUCUCUACAAGCACGAUGUACUGUUAUUGCAGCUUCUAAUCCGAUCGGCGGCAAAUAACACCAACAUCGAGGGACUUAAUCGAAGUAAGUACCCGAUUAAUUUGCUGGCUUUUCUGGGUAAACAGAUUUUCCCAAAUUGCUGCCUUUUCAUUGAUUGACUAAGCAACGCCAUAGUGAGUUAUUCAAUACCUACUUUUUGUUGUUAACCGUUUAUUCGAGGCCUAAUUGGUUUGUGUUUUUUAUCAGGGAUUGCUGGCAUAACGACAUGCUGCGUAUCGUGCGAUUACAAACAACAAAACACAAACAAAAAGAAGCUGAUUGUCACCGAACCGAACCCUUUUGGAGCCGAAGAUAUGUGAGUUUUUAAAUAUUUUUUUUGUAUUAUUUUAAAUUGUUCCUUUCGGGCGGGUCUUACACUAUAAACUGCCUACACAGUUUAUGCAAUCUCUUCCAAAUAAAGCGGAUAGAAAACCAGCAAGCUUGAGAGGUUGAAGAUUUUGAAACAAAAAACCAUAUCGGGUUAAACUUGCUAGUUUUCUACUGUUUGCUUUUAUUCUGAGGCGGAGUAGUUCGCUACUUCUGCAGUUAUUUUAAUUAUGGAUUCAGAUCUGAGGAUGGUCGUUUUUGUAUAGCCAGAUCAACCCGGGGUAACUCGGGUAAGAACCAUCACGCCAAAUACAAAAAAAAACUCAAAAUAUACUCCAUGGUACUAAAAACAAGUUAUCUCAAAAAAGGUUAGACAUGGGAUCCCUCCUACUACCUAGAAGUGGAAUGUUUUGGUAAAAGGAAGUGGAAUGUAGUAAAGUGGUGAGGGGUAAUUUAUGAGGCGGUUGUUGGCUCCGCGUUUCCAUCGUUGUAUGGCGGGAGUAGAACCAACUUCACCAGUGGUCUUGUGACUUGACCUUUCUCCGUCGAGAUGUCCACUACUCGUACUCUGCUGUCGGCACCAGGGUGUAUGUUGACAACUCGUCCUAACCUCCACUCAGUGGGGGUUAAGUUGUCUUCCUUGAUGACGACCAGAUCACCACGUUUGAUAUUUUCUUUGGGAUGCUUCCACUUAAUGCGUUUUUGAAGUUCGGUUAGGUACUCUGUUUUCCAUCGCCUACAGAAAGUUUGAUUAAGUGCUUUGAGUUUUUGCCACCGAUUCACUAUGGAGGCAGGAGUUUCAUUAACGUCUAAUUCUGGUGGGGCUAGAAGAUGUCCACCGAUGAGAAAAUGGCCUGGAGUAAGCGGCUCCAGGUCAGUAGGGUUAUUUGAAGAGGGACUCAGUGGCCGUGAAUUGAGGCAUGCCUCAAUACGGCAUAAAAGAGUACUAAGCUCUUCAAAGGUGUAUUUGUGGGAGGACGCAAUUUUUCUAAAGUGGCUUUUGAAGCUCUUUACGCCCGCUUCCCACAGUCCUCCCAUGUGAGGCGCUGCAGCGGGUAUAAAAUGCCACGUCAGCAUUUGAUGAUUGUAUUUCGAGAUAGUUUUUUCUCGGGUUUCAGACAGAAAAGCUUUAAAUUCAGAUCGUAAGGAUCGUGAGGCUCCGACAAAGUUAGUGCCGUUGUCGGAGUAAAUAUUUCUCGGACAUCCUCUUCUAGCCACGAACCGUGCGAACGCCGCUAGAAAAGAUGGGGUACUAAGAUCACUAGUAGCUUCUAAGUGAAUCGCUUUUGUCGUGAAACAAACAAAUAAACAGACAUACCCUUUAGAAACUCGACAACCUCUGCCGCGGUAACUUUUAACAUCAAAAGGUCCAGUAAAGUCUACCCCCGUAUUGGUGAAAGCGCGAGUAAAUGUAGUGCGUUCCGGGGGAAGAGUUCCCAUAAGUUGAGUUUGUGACCGUUUUUUAAAGAUAAUGCAUGUCUUACAAUUAUGGAUAGUGGACCUGAUCAAGUUCUUGACUUUGGGAAUCCAGUAUUGGGUACGGAUGAGGCGUAGCAUCAGUUGAUUCUCUCCAUGCAAGGAGACCUUGUGAAUAAACGAUACAAUAAGGCGGGACAACCUGCUGUUAUACGGGAUAAUGCUCGGGUGGCGUUCAUUGUAUGCUAAGUCCUGGGAUGCUCCAAGGCGACCUCCGGCUCUGAUGAUGUCAUGUUUAUCGAUGAACGGAUUAAGCGGAAGGAUUUCACUCUUCGCAUCGAUUGGUUUUUUAGACUUCAAGUUUGCGUAUUCUUCACCAUAAUAAUGCUUCUGGUAGAUUUUUAUCAGGAUUUCUGCCGUUGUUUUAAUUUCAUUAGAUGAAAUUAAACAAGAAUUUUCCUGAAGUGAAGCGUUUGUUUUGGAAUGAGUUCUUCGAUAGAAUCUCAUAACAUAUGAUAAAACUCUCAAAGCUCUCGGUAGAUCGGAAAAACGGUCAAGAAUAUCGAUAUCAUUUGCUCUUGUUGUCGCAUAA